CAAAAACCCAACUUUUGACUGUUGCUCAUUGUGAUCAGGGUCCUGUAUAUUGUCGUGAGACUUGAGAGUAAAACUUCAUUUUGGAUACGUGCGCCCACGAGGGAACUUAGUAUUGCGCCUCCCACAUACCCACUCCUGCAUUCUUUGAGCCUUUCUCAGAUUCUUUAAUACUUCAAAGUUUAUCACCAGAACCACUGGCAGACGUCUGAUCUAUGUCGCAUUAUUUUUUUUAAAAAACCAAACACACACACACACAAAAACAAAAAACAAAAACAAACUCCAAAACUAUUCAUCGGGUAAGUGUAUGGAUCUAUAGACUGUUUGAAAUCAUCAACACUCACGUUGGUGUGUAUAGGAGUCUGAACAUUCGUAAUAUGAGUAAGAAGGUAGUUGUUUUCAAAUACAUGUGCCUCUGUUUUACAAUUGCUCUGGGCGCUUUUUGGGAAGUAUUAUUGACAUGGUAUACUCAUCACCUUGUGUACACAGGAGCUUCAGAGUUAAUUUUAAAAUUGUCAGCGGUAGUGUUGACUUUUCAGGUUUACUGUAAUAUCACUGAUAAAGAGCUCCCAACUUCGUCAUUGCAGUGUGUUGCUCUUAUCAAUUGGGGUCACUGAAGGAAAAUGGCGAAGGGAAGCUCACCGACGCUUUUCCGGGUUUGAAUGUGUGGAGCCAUUUUCUUUCUUAAGUGCCUUCAAAAACUGUUUAUAAACGAAGUCCGAAGUCUACAAUAUCGUGAUAGAAUGGCGUAUUUUGUUUCAGGCUUGGUAUUUCUUUUUGUGUUUCUGACAUCAGGAGAAUGCCAGUUGGACCAUGAGUAUUGUCUUGUGGACAACCUGGCCGGAUGCGAGCUGGGAAGACCGCCGUACUACAUGGUGUUGGCGCCACGUCGCAUUCGCCCGGACCAGGUGUUCCAGGUGUUUGCUACCAUCCUGCAAAUGGAGUACGGCAAAGACGUCCCCAUCUCCGUCCAUGUGUCGGUGGUGAAAGAGGACAAGGAGUACGCUAGCAGUGUCGCCCGCUUUGAGAGACCUUCCAGCAGGAUCAUGCAACUACAGAUGCCUCAAAAUGCCUUGCCUGGCUCGUACGAGUUUCGAGUGGAAGGGCGGUUGACUACACAUGGGAGUGGCAUUGUGUUCACGAACCAGACGCGGAUAGAAUUCAGCCCCAAGUACAUCUCUCUCUUCAUUCAGAUGAGCAAACCAAUCUACAAGCAAGAGCAAAUGGUUCAUUUUCGUGUGAUUCCAGUCCAACCAAAUCUGAUGCCAAAGUAUGACAACGUGAUCAUCUAUGUCCUGGAUCCAACUGGGACUCCUGUGAGACGCUGGUUGGCGCAACAGACGAAUGUGGGUGGGAUGAUCAGCCAGAGCUUCCAGCUGUCAGACCAGCCUCGAUAUGGAACCUGGCACAUCAAAGUGGAAGGCUUUGGCCAUACUUAUCAAAGACCUUUUACUGUGGAAGAAUUUUGGGAGCCGAGGUUUGAUGUCAAUGUUUCUGUCCCAGCUUAUAUGAUGAACUCUCCUAAUGCAGUCAUUAAGGGAUCUGUUACUUCAAAUCACACAAGUGGUCGCCCGUGCAUGGGAAAUGCGACUCUCACUGUGUUUUUCCGCCCUCGUGAGGAAAUCUGGAAUGCCACCAGGGGAUGGGAAAAGCCGUACCGUGAUCGGCUGGGCAGCAACGACAGUCCUGGCUUCCUGCCUGUGAAACCUGACUACAUUCCAGUCACAGAAGUACCAGUGAAAGACUACUACAUGUAUUUUGCCUAUGAGUACAAAUUUAUUGACUUUUAUCAAGGGAGAAUAGAUUUUGAAGUAACGAAAGCAGAACUUGAGGAUCUGGCUGGCCGAGGGGGUGAGACCACCAGCCUUGUGGACAGUGAGUUCAUGUUCUUUGCCAAUGUUACGGACUGGUACUCCGAUCUGAACCGCACAGGCUGGGCAGGGACCAUCAUGUACGAGAACGACGUCAAGAUGAGAUGGGUCGGAGGAAGUGUGAAAACGUUUAAGCCGGGGUCCAUCUUGAAAGUUCAGGUGGCCGUUUCACGCUAUGACGGCACACCUGUGACAGACGGAGGGGCUGUGACCAUCGUACAGACUGUCAUGACUUCUGCUGGCAAUAGUGAUGCAAGUGCUUCUGGCCCUCAGACUCACCCAGUCUUGCAUGGCAUCGCAGAGUUUGAACUCUUCCUGGGCGUCCACGCCCACAGUUUUACCUUGACGGCAUCUUUCCAAGACCCGAGCGAACUACUUGAGACGAACACAUACAUUAACCCAGGGUUUGUGACAGGCCGGUCCAAGAACAUUGAGAUGCGGGGAACUCGUUACUACUCCCCGUCCAACUCGUACAUCUCCGUGACAACCUCCACCGCUCACCCUCAGGUUGACGAAUACAUAAUAUUCCAUGUGAAAGUGAGCCAUUACGUCUCUGCAAUCUUUUACCAGAUAAUGGCACAAGGCAACAUUAUUAUUGGUGAUGAGCUUGAGAUGACCUCUCGUCAGAAGACUUUCUCCAUUGGUCUUUCUCGGGAAAUGGUUCCUGUAGCUCGCAUUGUGGUUUACUACAUCAGAGAGCCUGAGGAAAUAGUUACUGAUGUCCUGAACUUCUUUGUGAAUGGAACCAGACACAAUAUGGUGAAGUUGGGUAUCAACCGUGGCAAAGAUUUCACCCGUGACACAAUUGAGUUCAAUGCGGAGGCUGACCCAGGCUCCUACGUGGCUUUCAGUGGAAUGUUACUUGAUCUCUACAGUCGUGGCCUUAGUGAUGGUAUCACAGAAAACAAGCUGAUAGAUGAGUUGAUGACGUAUGAUGAGCCUGCCAAUGCCAGUUAUCGACAACUGUGGAGGGUCAGUGACACGGAGUACGAGUACAAAUUCUUCCAUGGUUAUGAUUAUGGCAUUGAUGGGACCACCUCGUUCAGUAGUGCAGGAAUGUUGAUUCUCACAGAUGCAGAUGUCACACGCUUGCCUAAUCAAGAUUCCUGUGACCCAAGUGCUGGUCUGCACCCUUGCUUCUCAGGCAUUGAAUCUGAUUGUUUUACAACAGACGAAAGAUGUAAUGGAGUCUUUGACUGUGAAAACGAUGGAGCGGACGAGGCUGGAUGUGAAUUUGAGGAAAAGAGGGUUGUCCACAAAAUGCCAAUGGAGAGGAUCAGCAGGGUGAUGCGUUACUAUGACAACAGUUCCUGGGCUUGGCAAGAGAUAUUUGUCAAACCAGAUGGACGUGUCGAUUUCCGAGUAGAUGUUCCAAAAUAUCCAUUGACGUGGGUAAUCAACGGCUUGUCGAUCAGUCAAACUCUUGGGCUCGGGAUCAUGGAAAAGCCAGUGAUGUAUGAUGCCACUCGCUUCAUGUAUAUGCAAGUGGAGCACCCAAAGUCCAUCGUGUGGGGGGAACAGAUUGGCAUUCGAGUGACUGUUUUCAACUAUUGGUAUAAUGAUGAUUACAUUGAGGUUUUAGUUACAAUGCAUGGUGAUGACAACAUUGAUAUGGUCACCGUUGGAAACAUGGGCUACACCACAGCAUAUGCUCCUCCAACAUUUAAAGGGGAUCACCAGACCAUUGUCUUUUUGGAGCCUGGUGAUUCCAAGGACAUUUACAUGCCGAUUGUUCCAUCCCAAUCAUUCCGCGGGGAUCGGCUGACAUUCAGAGUGUCUGCAACCUGCUUCAUGGAGAAGGACGAAUAUGUUGGGGAGAUGACUGUCGGGGCAAAUGGAGUGUCCAACUACUAUCACACCCCAUACUUCGUAGACUUGAUCAAAUACCCAUCAGUAGAGAUUCCGCAGUUCAAGGUGAACGUACCAGAGCAGUUCCGCAAGCCUGAAAUUAGACCCAAUCUGUACGUGCCGCAGUCUCCCGUCGGCAUGAUGUCCUUCUUUGGUGAUGUUGCCAUGCCUGGGUUUUUUGAGAAUUAUUUGAAUGCCGAGAAUUUAUUGUACCGGCCAUAUGGUGGUGGGGAGAUGGUCACCUUCAACUUUGCCUACAACCUGCACACCUUGCGCUUCAUGAAAUGGUCGAACCAGCUGGAGAAUGUACCACUGGAACCAGUGCUUGAAGAAAUGAACUUAGCGCUCCAGAGAAUGCUUGGUUAUAUGGACACUACUGAGGGCUCUUUCAAAAUGUUUCGAGACAGCCCCAAGUCCAGCUUAUGGUUGACGGCUUUUGUUGGUACAACGCUAAGUCGUGUAUUGCUGGACUGGGAGAAGACUCUCUACAUCCCGCGGAAUCUCUUGUCCCAGAUUGCCCAGUACAUAUGUACAAAACAGAAUGAAACGUCGGGGGCUUUUGAAGAAGACAUCGAUGGAGUUACCUUUGACCGGAAAAUGGCUUCUUUGAAGAAUGCACGAACAGCCAAGAUGUACGCCCAUCCUAUCCCAAUGACAGCAUAUGUCCUUAUAGCCUUGCAUCACAUGACGAAUCUGGUUAAGAGUUCUGCCCCUUGUAUUGAAAAUGCGAAACGGAAAGCGGAAAACUACCUGAACCGUGAAGUGGUCAACUUAGGCUCCGAGGAAAUCUUUUUCCUUUCUAUAUCCUCGUAUGCAUUGUCUCUGACGAUGCGGAAUCGUGAAGCUACCAACAGACUGUGGAAUCUGAAGAGGACUGACAAGGAAUACAACUACUUUGCUGAUGGGGUAGUUUACAGCAAUCCUGAGGCUUGGCAGGAUGGUACGUUGCGUUAUCUUUUGCCCCGACAGGAGUUGUUAAAUGACGCUUACUCUGUACAAAGCACGGCUUAUGCUGUCCUGGCUCACGUGCAAGUAGCCAAAAAGAAUAGAAAUGAACGAGAGAUGGCCAUAUCCUGGAUGAAUCUGAUGAGGAACUCCGUGGCUGGAUUUUCUUCAACUCAGGAUACUAUUAUUGCUAUGGAAGCUUUGAUUGAAUUCGCUCGCGCUGAUCGUAACAGAAAUUUGUUUCUCAUGAGCUGUUACAUAUCGGCCACAUCGUCCAACAGCUGGGAGAGGACGAUGGAGUUGAAACAGAAUGACUUCACUCACUUGCACAAAGUUUAUCUGCCAAUGAACCAAGUAUGGGGCUACACCAUCCCGUCUGCUCAGGGAGCUGGGAGGGCAAUGCUUCAGCUCACCACGACAGUAAAUGUUGAAUAUGACAGAUUCCUAAAAACUCAGAUGCAUUACAACAACUCCAUAGACAUGCCUCUCAUGGAUUUCUUUGAGAUCGAGGAUACAUUAAGAUUCAGAGGUCGCAAUGCUUCUAUCAUGGAGAUGACAAAUUGUGUGAGCUGGCUGUUUACAGAGAGGAGCUUGACCUCUGGCCUUGCAGUGCUGGAGGUGGACAUCCCUACAGGUUAUAUUGUGAUGAACGACACUCUGCGAGACUACGUCCAGUCUGGGCUGGUGCCCAACCUGAAGAGAGCGGAGUUUUACGGACGGAAACUUGUGUUCUAUUUUGACUAUCUGGACCAGAGUAAGACCUGCGUGUUCUUUCGGGCUGACAGGUGGUACCCAGUGGCUAAUGCUACCAGAGAUCAUAAGCUCAGAGUCUACGACUACUAUGAACCAGGCAUGCACAGGACCAAGAUCUACACCACCCAGGAUUUGUUCCUGUUGAGCAUCUGUUAUGCCUGUGGCUCCUUUCAGUGCCCGUACUGCCCGUACUUCAACACAGCUCCAGCCCUGCUGCACACAGGGGCGGUCUUAUGUACACUGCUGCUCUUUGGUUUCCUAGUGCAGAGGCUUUUGUUCCCAAACAGAUAGUAGUCGGUGACAGCGAAAAUGUACUGAUCUGUUUAUGUAUCAUCUCAGAAACCUAAGGAUAAACCUAUUUUGAGUCAAGUAGAUUUACAAUCUUUUGCAGACAGUGGCUCUGUAUCUAAUUCCUUUCGGGUCAUAGUUGUUACAUUAUUUUUUUACCUCCCAUACUUUGAAAUUUGUAGUUUCUUGUUUGCUGUCCGGUACAAUAACUUGCUCUUGUAAAUAUUCAGUGAAGACAAAGUGAUAAUUUUUUGUUUUCUAUGAUCAAAGUGUGUACUGAAUGGAAGGCAGAGUGCCAGUAUAGUAGUAAUGGAGAAUUGUGCUUUUGUCUACAUGUUCAUCAAUAUUAUUCAGCCUUGUUGUCUUUUUUUUACACUCUGAUAUGUUUCCCUUUGCUUUAAUGACUUUAAUUUUAACCCUAUCGGUACGUCAUGUUUUUCUAUCGUAUCCAUACAACGUGGGGAACUCUGUGCCACCACUU